AGAUUAGAAGAUUAGAUUUAAGAAGACACCACCACGCAACGCCACAGCACCACACCACACCACACCAGAGCCACUCUCUUUCUCUCUCUUGUUUCUCUCUCCUCUGUUAAUUUAUUUUAUUUAUAUAUAAAUUCUGACAUCAUAUGCUCCUCUCAUCUCUCUUCUUCCUUUGUUUGUUUCUGCGUCUUUUGCUCUUUCACCUUAUUUUUACCUCACCCCUUUUUCUCUCUUUCAAUUCCCCCAUUGCCAUCAAAUCUAGGGUUUCCUUUUUUCCCUCCUUCAUCACAAUUUCACACAAUAGGCGCGCUAACGCACUCCCAGGUGGCAUGUGUGGUGGGGCUUUGAAUUUUGAUUUGAUUAGGGAAGCACUUUCAUUGUUUUCCCCCCUUUUUCCCAUGGGUUUGACUCUCAGAUUGGGCUUCCCUUUUUUGUUUUUGUUUUUUGUUUUUCUUUUUGGUUUCCGAGAGAUUGAAAUGUUGGUUUAGCAAUUGGAUUGUAUAUUUAUUACAGUCUUAGGAAUGAAGUUUGCUUUGGGUGUAUUUAUGCUCUGUGGGUUGAUCCAAGGAUAGAGGUUGGUUGGGUUCUGUAUAGUGUAGCGGUGGUGAGGAUUCUGUGAGGAUGACAGAUUUUCAGCCUCUACAGCAGAAGCCUGAAUCUGCUGAUGCCCAUGCUGAGUUUGAGCGUGGAUUGGAGGAUUUUAUGCGCGGUCAUUUGGAUGAUUGUAUGUCAUUUGCUUCGUGUAGUUCUUCCCGGGCACCAGAUGAUGAGGAUGAUGAGAGUGAUCAGCUAGUUCGGAGAAGACGGAGGUCUGAUCUUGAAGGGGAUGAUUUAGCGGAGUCAUCAGCAGCACGGAGGCGCCAUUCGCGGAUUUUGAGCAGAUGGGCUGCCCGACAGGCGCAGGAGAUGAUAACAACUAUUGAGAGGAGGAAUCGAGAAUCAGAGUUGAUGGCACUUGCAGGGUUACAUACGGUGUCCAUGUUGGACUCCUCUUUUCUGAGGGGGUCGCAGUCUCCUACCUCUGUCCAGGAGGGGACUGUGGAGAGGCCGAGCACUCAGGCAUCUUCCAUUCUGCAGAUGUGGCGCGAAUUAGAGGAUGAACAUUUGUUGAACCGAGCACGUGAAAGGAUGAGAGAAAGGUUGAGGCAGCAAAGGAAUUCUGAUGCUAAUACCAAUGUGUCAAGUACCAUGUCUGAUAGUCGAGGCAGUGAGAACCGAGGGAGUUUGGGGGAUGCAAGUGAAAGUGAAAAUGAUUAUGGUACUUGGUCACAUGAUCAGAUUGGAUCACGGAAUGCACAUGGGAAUCAUAAUGGGUCUAGCAGGGAACAAUCUCCUGAUCUUGGCGAAGUUGAGAGGGAGAGAGUUAGACAGAUUGUUCGGGGAUGGAUGGAAAGUGGUAUUAGUGAUCGUUCAUCUAAUGUCAGUCAGAGAAAUAACAAUCGCAGGUCAGAGUGGCUUGGAGAAACAGAGCGUGAGAGGGUGAGAAUUGUCAGGGAGUGGGUGCAAAUGACUAGCCAGCAGAGAGGUUCACGUGGGAGCCGUAGGGAUGCUCAAGCAAGUGAAUCUGCUCAAGCUGAUCAGACCCGUGAUAUAGCAGCCGACCGUGAUGAGGGUCAGCCAGAGCAUGUUCGGAGGGACAUGAUGAGGUUGCGUGGAAGACAAGCUCUAGUUGAUUUGCUUGUGAGGAUAGAAAGGGAAAGACAAAGAGAGCUGCAGGGUUUGUUGGAGCACCGAGCUGUUUCUGAUUUUGCUCAUCGCAACCGUAUUCAGUCAUUACUCAGAGGUAGAUUCCUCAGAAAUGAAACUGUUGAAGAUGAGAGGCCUCCUUCUACAGCUGCAAGUGAAUUAGUUCAAUUAAGACAACGACACACGGUCUCUGGUUUAAGAGAUGGGUUUCGUUCAAGAUUAGAAAAUAUUGUUCGUGGUCAAGCAGGAACCAAUCCUGAUGCCACAUCAAAUAGUAACAUUGAUGAAACAAGACGUGAUGAGAACCAAUCAAACAAUCUGAUAGAUGCCCAACAAGAAAAUUAUGACCAAGAGCAGAUUAGGAGCCCAGAAAUUAAUGCACGUCAGUUGCCUAAUCAAACAAGAACUUUGGAAAGUAGUACAAUUGAGACUAUUAGUUGGCAAGAAGCUAGUCAUGAAGGAGAGGAUUGGCAGGAACAGAUUGCCGAGAAUGGGGGAGGGAACUGGCCGCAGAGAAUUAAUGGUCAAUUAAAUCAGCUCAGAGAUGGAAGGGAAGCCAGUGAUUGGCCACAGGAAACUCCCAGCAAUUCAGGCGGGGAAGAUCCUCAUCCACAGGAUUCUCAAAGAAUUUGGCAAGAUGAUAACACAAGGGAAGCUGUCGGUAAUUGGUCUGAAGAAUCUUCUGGAGCUUCAAGGAAUCGCCGCGGUGUUCCUUUUAGAAGAUUCAAUAGAUUUCAUCCCCCUGAUGAUGAUAAUGUAUACAGCAUGGAGCUUAGAGAACUUCUGAGCAGGAGAAGUGUAUCUAACCUUCUUCGUAGCGGUUUUCGUGAAAGUCUGGAUCAACUAAUUCAGUCGUAUGUUGAAAGGCAAGGUCGUGCACCAAUUGAUUGGGAUUUGCAUCGUAACUUGCCAACACCAACUCCUGCUUUGCCUGAACGAGACCCUGAUCAGCAAGGUGAUGAACAUAAUGAGGGUCAGCACGAAGCCAUUAACAGACCUUCCCUGGUGCUGCCUUCUCCACCUGUUCCCCCGCCACAACCACUGUGGCACCAAGAUUUGCACCAAACUGGAUGGUCUCGUCAUAACAUGCAUCGCUCUGAAAUUGUGAGCAGCUUUCUAAUAUAAAUUCCUUAAUUACAU